AUGCAUGAAGGACAAGUGCAGAAGCUUCAGUUCUACAACCAACAGUAUUUAUUCGCUGCAGUGGGGAAUGGGCAAAUUUUCCACCGCCUGCAGUGGAAAGAGCCAAUCAGGCAGCAGGACAAAUCCGUGUUCGCGCGUCAAAAAGCGGUCACGAUCAAUGGCCGCAUUGGUUCAUAUCAUUGCGCCUCGUUUGCCCUCUUUCUCCUCUUCCUCCGCCUCCACCUCCUCCUCCGCCUCCUCCUCCUUCUCCUCCUUGUCCGCCUCUGCUAUGAGCCAUUGAGAAUGGAUCCAAAUGUCGGAGAACACGUAAAGUCACGAUUUAGCAUGGAUCUAAAUCAACAACUUGCCGACUUCCAUUUUCGGGAAACUCGAUCCGACAUUCAAUCCUCUGUCAUUCUUCUUAGUCAGAGAGUGAAACGCCAAUAUAUGAGUGAAUUUGUACUGCCCGAUGAAACGAGAAUUGCCGUUAGGCGGAUUGAGUCUUCAUUGCCGGCUGAUCAGACGCAAGUGGUGGUCGUAAGUCUUGCUGUGAGGCAUCCAUUCGACUCUGUGUUGCCUCAGUUCGUGACCACUUCACCUGACGAAAAUGAGGCCUGGAAGUCGGACUGUGAUUCAACUACCACUCUGGAAACCUCGGGCGAUGUGACCACUGACAGUGAAGAUGACGUCACAUUGGGAAAGCUUUCUGAGAGCGUGAAUCUACGCAUUUUGGAUUACUUGGACGACGACACGUGGGCAGCAACGCUAUUGGAGUGGGACUCGGGUGCCAACGGUGAAUUGCUCAGACAGCUGGAAGCCGGUUGUCGCCUUGAUCCUGACUCAUUCAGAAUGGAGCGUCUGCAGCGUCGACGGAACUGGAGAACGGUGGUUGAUAUUCAACAGGAACCACAGACUCGCAGCCUCGGCUUCAGUCGAAAUGGUAGUGAAACAGGGUCAAUAAAUACCAGCACAACCACUCUGGAGUGA